AUGGACAAAUGGGAGGAAGAGAUCAAGAACAUCACGAGACCUCUAUCACCUCUCACUUACAGACAACAAGCCCAUUUAGAAUCCAGAGCUGCCUUCUACAAUUGCUUUAAACUGAAGUCGAUUGAUAUAUCAGUUACGAAAGUGAAGAGUUUGCCCGAUUUUACAUUCUUUAAUUGCUCAGAUUUGAAAAAUAUCAAAUUACCUGACGAUCUAUAG